AGAAAGAGUGUGAGGGAGAGAGAUGCAGGGAGUAGUGAGAGAGCAGCAGCAGCAGCAGCGUGUGAAGGAUUCUGAGCUCAUCUAUAUAGAAAUGCCUGCGAAUGAAGAGAGAGAAGAUGAGGAGGAAAUGCCGAGAUCAGCUCUCUCUGCAUUCAGAGCAAAAGAGGAAGAGAUUGAAAGGAAGAAAACUGAGGUGAGAGAAAAGGUUUUCUCUCAGUUGGGCAGAGUAGAAAAGGAAUCCAAACGUUUGGCAGAAAUCCGAGCUGAGCUGGAAACAAUGGCUGAUCCUACCAGAAAGGAAGUUGGAGCAAUUAGGAAGAGGAUUGAUACAGUUAAUCGUGAGCUAAAGUCCCAUGGACAGAAUUGCCUGAAGAAGGAGAAGGAAUAUAAAGAUGCCGUUGAUGCCUUCAAUGAGAAGAACAAAGAGAAGGGCCAAUUAGUCAAUAAAUUGAUGGAGCUUGUGAGUGAGAGCGAGAGAUUGAGGAUGAAAAAGCUAGAGGAACUGAGCAAGACAAUAGACUCACUACACUAAUUCAACCUAUGGAUAUAAGCAAGGAAUUAAUUAUUUUUGUGUUUGAAUGUUUAAGAAGAG